CUAGUACCAGUGAAGAUGAUAGCCGCGACGACAUCUCAGAUCGAGGUGGAAGCGACGACAUCUCAGAUCGAGGUGGAAGCGACGACAUAUUAGAUAGAAUUGGGUUCAGUCAAUUACUAGCCAUGCGGAGGGUGAGAAACAUAAAUUUCAGACGAAAUCGAGGAGAGAUCUUGGAACAACAGGGAGUUCAAAUCUUUCCGAAGACAAAACUGGGAAAAGCAACCAACAACUAUGAUGAUAGCAAUAAGCUCAAGGAUGACGAUUUCGGUUCCGUCCACAGAGGGAACAUAAAGGGGGACGACGUAGUUGUGGUCAGGAAGCCUAAAGAUGCGCACAAGUCUCAAAAAAAGGGGGAUUUCCAGCGUAAACUUAAAUUUCUCAUGAAAAGAAGCCACAAAAAUGUGGUGAAGCUCAAAGGCAUAUGCUUGGAGACCAGAAUACCAUUGCCGGUUUAUGAAUACAUUCCAAAUGGCACCCUCUUCCAACACAUCCAUCAGGAUGAGUCGACCAUCUUAAAAUCAUGGGAAGACCACUUCAGAAUAGUCGCUGAAGCUACUCUUGCACUCAAUUAUAUGCACUCCAGCAUAAAACCCCCCAUCGUUCAUGGCAAAAUCAAGUCGGUGAACAUGCUUGUGGAUCAAAACUAUUUAGAUGAGAAGUACCCGGCGAAAGUAUCUGAUGUUGGAACUUCGGUACUCAUAUCACCAAAGCAUAGACAUAUCGUAGCCACUCAAAAGCAAGACUCGUUGGACUACAUCGAUCCGGAAUAUUUAAUCACCGGUAUGCUAACAACUCAGAGUGAUGUAUACAGCUUAGGAGUUGUCCCUGUGGAGUUGCUCGUAGGAAACGAACUUUUUGUUACCGAGUCCGGAGAGUCGAUCAAUACUAUCUAUCGUUUCAUCUCUUCCGUGAAGAAUAACACACUCUCCGAUGUCAUAAACUUUGAGGGCUCUGGUGAAGAUGAAAUGGAGAGAAUAAGAAUGGUUGCUGAGAUUGCAGUGAAGUGCUUGGACCAAAGCGGUGCGAACAGGCCAGCAAUGAGCGAUGUGGCUCGGCAACUCGCUGAUAUUAACCCAAGCUCGGCAAUUGAAGAAAACAAUGAAGAGACCGGAGACGUAGUGGAUGCAGAACAACUCUUCCCCCUUGAGACUACAAUUACUGGCGAGGCCAGCCCACAUAUGACGUCGAGAUGUCUUUUCUGA